GGUACCAGUUGAUACAAGCUUUUGUAACCGAAUGUAUACGCUAGCGGGUGGAGUCGUUGUGUUUGUGAGAUCAACAAGUGUCAAAAAUAGAGGAAAAAGUGCGUGUUUUGGAUCCUAGCUUAGCAGAAACAUGGGUUGUGCUGUGAGUACAACAGGUGAUAAAGAGGCAUCCGAAAGAUCCAAGAAGAUCGACAGAGAUCUAAGGGCUGAUGGAGAACGUGCGGCCAGCGAAGUCAAGCUUCUUCUUCUCGGAGCUGGGGAGUCAGGCAAAAGCACCAUAGUGAAACAGAUGAAAAUUAUCCAUGAAACUGGAUAUUCAAAUGAGGAGUGCGAACAGUAUAGGCCUGUAGUUUAUAGCAACACAAUCCAAAGCCUUAUGGCUAUCAUCCAAGCCAUGGGACAGCUUAAAAUUGACUUUGCUGAUUCCAAUAGAACAAACAUGGCUAGACAAUUUUUCACAUAUGCUGGAGCAGCUGAACAGGGUGAGCUCACCCCAGAAGUUGUCACCUUGAUGAAAAAGCUAUGGAAGGACUCUGGUGUGCAGCUAUGCUUCUCACGUUCUAGAGAAUAUCAGCUUAAUGACUCAGCAGCCUACUAUUUGAAUGCAUUAGAUCGUAUUUCCCAGCCAAAUUACAUUCCAUCCCAGCAAGAUGUUUUGAGGACUCGAGUUAAGACAACUGGCAUUGUAGAGACACACUUCUCAUUCAAAGGAUUAAACUUCAAAAUGUUUGAUGUUGGUGGUCAAAGAUCAGAGAGGAAAAAGUGGAUACACUGCUUCGAAGGGGUCACUGCAAUUAUAUUCUGCGUCGCUUUAUCUGGCUAUGACUUAGUACUGGCUGAAGAUGAGGAGAUGAAUAGGAUGGUGGAAUCCAUGAAACUGUUCGACUCGAUUUGCAAUAGUAAAUGGUUUGUUUCCACUUCGAUUAUUUUGUUUUUGAACAAAAUGGACUUGUUCGAAGAGAAGAUCACCAGGAGUCCGCUCACGAUCUGCUUCCCGGAGUACACGGGCGCCAAUACAUUCCCAGAGGCAUCGAACUACAUCAAGGCGAAGUUCGAGAACUUGAACAAGCGCAAGGACCAAAAAGAAAUCUACACGCACUUCACCUGCGCCACCGACACAAGUAAUAUCCAAUUUGUAUUCGACGCUGUCACCGACGUUAUCAUCAAAAACAACUUGAAGGACUGCGGCCUCUUAAUGUAGACGAUCUCUACAAAUUAUUAUUAUAUAUAUAUUUUUUUUUUGUUUUAAUCCUCUUUACAUCUUUCAUCAAUUAUGUUUUUAAAACAUUGUAAACGAAAUAUUCCGCGAAACGUGUGCCUUUAUUAUUACUACUACUACUACUAUUAUUCAUUUUUGUGCCUUGGAUCAAAUGCCUUUUUUUAUAUAUACAUAUAUAUUAUAUUGUGGGUCUUUUUGCCCGAUCAACUAACAAUGUACUUCCAAAAAUGACCAAAUAUUGCCAUACGAAAGGGAAAUUGAAGAAAAAUGAAGAAAAAAAAAAGAACUGAGAGAAAGAAAUGAAACAAUUCAAACAGUAUUGAAACAAAGAACAAGAGAACGAAAAGAGAUGAAGAAAGAAAGAAAAAAAACAUGAAACGAAACAUUAUUGAUUGUGUACUGUAAAUUAUUUAUUAGCUUAAGUGAUGGAAGGACGCUUUCGUUGUCUUCCACUUCAUAUGAUGAUAUUUUAAUUGUAACUUCUUUUUGUAUUUUUUUUUGAUACGCCUUUAUUAUUAUUUUUUUUUAUAUAUACUUUUUUUGUCCAUUAUGUUUAAAAAUCGCCGUCUGGAAGAUGUGCUCCUCUGGUUUCUUUUUUUUUUUGAUGUGACAGCGCACUUUCCAUGCGGCUUAUGAAAUAAAGUUGAAAUAAUAAAAUAA